GAUAGAGAUAGCAUUAAUUGAAUAUUUCACUUACUCAGCAACCACCGAGAGAGAGAGAGGGAAUCAAAGGUUCUUCUCCUCUCCUAGAAGAAGAUGACUUUUAAAUUCUAUUUUAAUUUCUCUUCCCCAUCUGCUUCCCUUUCCUUUCUGCACACACACACACUCUCUCUCUCUACUAAUUAAAUAUUAAAAAUUACCUCUUUCGAAGAAGAAGAACAGAGAGCUCCAUUUCAGUUUCAGCUAUGGCGUUUUUCAAAGCUCUAGCCUUUCUGCUCGUUUUAAGCUUCGAGAUUCACAAAACCACGGCUGCUGCUGAUGCAGACGCAGAUUCCUCGUUUUCCUUUAAUGGGUUUGCGAAAUCUCCCGCCUUUGAGAAGAACAUUGCUCUGUUUCGAGAUUCGAAGCUCGUCAACGGCGGCGGUUCAUCGAUUCAGCUGACCGGCUCGGUGAGUCGGAGCGAAGGGCGAGUCCUUUACAAGAAACCCAUCACACUACUCCAAGGUACUACUACUAAAGGUAGAAACUUUUCAGGAUCGUUCUCCACUAGCUUCUCCUUCUCAAUGUCGUCCUCCUCCAAAGAGAUCGGUAGCGUCCUGGCUUUUGUAAUGGUUCCAAGUGGUUUGGAUCUUAGGUUGUUUGGUAGAAAGGACAACACUUCCUCUGGUCUAGGCUUUUUAUUGCGAAACGAGGUUGUUGCUGUUGAGUUUGGUGUCUCCAAGAGAGGGAACCGUGUGGGGGUCUUAGUUGGUAGACCUGGAUCCGCGAGAAUUAGAAAUUUAUCAUCUUUUGGUGGACAUUUCGAUGGAGGGAAGAAGUUGAGUUGCUGGAUUGAUUACGAGGCAAGUUCUAAGAGAAUAGAGGUUCGUUUGAGUGUUUCUAAUGCCUUGAAGCCUGUGGAUCCGUUGGUGUCUUACUCGGUAGACUUGGCUAAGAUAUGGAAAGGAAAGAAGUUUAUGGUGGGUUUGACAUCUGCAAAUGGAAACUCUUCCAAGCCGCAUUAUCUACACUCAUGGAGCUUUAAGCUGAGACAUCCUUCAAUGAGGAUUCACUCGCAGCCGCUUGAUCCAAACGCAGUUUCCAAGACUGUUAAGGAGGUGGAGGUGAAGAAGAAGAAGAAGACGGUGGAAGUAAAGGGGAAGAAGAGAAAGUGUGUUUGGAGAAUGCUUAGUGCAUUGGUUCUAGGUGCGGUUUGUGGAACUUUAGGUGCCAUGUUAGCGUUAUAUCUUUGGACAAUGUGCGGUAAUAGACGGUCAAUGGCAGUGGUUCCUGAGGAAUGUGCUACUGAAAAAUCUGUUGUUGAUGAAGAAGCCAAGAAUUAGUUUGGUAUUUUCUUAGAUUGUUGUGUUUGUCUUUUGUGUUUGUUUGUAAUGUACAUUCUGGUGUCCUCCUUCCUCUUCUUCUGCUGUUUUGUUUUGUUUUUUUUGUUAGUUGCAGGUUUGGUGAGAUGAGUUUUCACAUGUAGAAGAAUAUUACAAUAUGUAUUAGUUAAGAUCUUGAAAAUCUUGAUCAAUUUAAUACAGUUGUCAUC